AUGGAUGAAUGGAUUGUAAUUGAUAUUGAGACCCCUGAAGGGAAAUUCUUUAAGUCUCCCAUAUAUUAGGAAGAGCAAAUUCAUAAUGUAAAAAGGAAUCUAAUUGAUAAUAUCGUCUAAAGAUGCGCUCAAUACGGUAAAUUAGACAACCCUUAUUAAAUUGCUCGGAAAACAGGAGCUAUGCAAAAGGAUAUUGCUUAUGAAAAGGGUCAAAAUGUGUAUGAUCAAGAGGACUCCUUUAUAGAUGAUGAGGAGAUAGAUAAGGAAAACCAUGCUAUGGUGAUUCCGGAGACUGAACUGGAUGAUUAUCAUAUGUGCAUUUGCAAUCUAAAGGAUUUUCAAAAAUCGAUAGAAUACAAAAAGAGAAUAGCAAUAUUGAAAAAGCAUACAGUGGAGUCUAAAAAUAAGAGUGCUAAGAAAAAAAAUAAAAAUAAAGAGAAAACAGAAUAAGUGAUUGAAAAGUAACACCAGGAAGAUAUAGCGUUGUAAUAAAAUUCCGCAAUUUAAGACAAAGAAAUAUCUUGA